CCACUUAGAUUUGUCAAACUCAUCCGGCCAUUAUCUCAAAAACUGUAAAACUUGCAAAUAUUCGCAAUAAUAUUACAGUGCGCUAAUGCUAUAGUGUGAAAAAUAUAUAUUUACGUUGUAAAACGUAGUGUUUGUUAUAUAUAAUAGUAUACAAAGCCGCCACCGUGGAGCCUCACAUAAGCGUGGACAUGUGCACCCCCGACUCGUGGCGCGGGGGUGUGGCACGGUCGCCCUCGCACGAGUCCGUCACCACCGACCUGUCUCUCUUCAGCGUCUCGUCAGCUGCAUCUGAUGCCAGGGUGCUGAGGUUGCUGGCUUGUAAGGCAGGCCAGGGUCCAGACCCGUCGCUCCGAGUGGCCAGCCCCAACCCAGAUAGUAAAGCUUUAAAAAGACCGUCAUCCUCCCUCCCACUAGCAGGCACAGACAACUGGCGGUCCCUGCUGGCGGGCUGCGCAGCCCUGUGUGCUCAGCUAGGCCUGCGCCGGUCCUUCAGCGCCGCCGACGUGGCCAGCUGCCGGGAGCUGCAGCAGCCGCUCAGGAGCGCGACGUCGGAGGUGGGUCUGUGCGCGGCGCUGGAGGCUCUGACCCUCAGCGCCGCCUCGCGAUCCUGCAGCACUUGGGUCGCUGUGGGCGGGUCGCAGCUGCCGUCGCCGCAGCGCUCGCACCCCGCGCCCGCGACAAGGCCGCUGCCGACCGAUAACAAGAAGGUCCGACAGAGCUACAUAAAGCGUCGGCUUCUGACGACAUACCGCGCGCUCGAGCGCAUGUCGCAGUCAGACUUCAAUCUCGACAGACUCGAGGCGGCGGCGGUGUGUGCUGCGGGCGCGACGCUGUCCGUGCCGCCCGCUAGACAUGCGCGCUUCGUGCACCCGGAAGCGGCCCACCUGGCCCUCACAGCAGCAGAUCUAGAACGCGAGCGUGGUCGACCUCUGUCGAAGUACGAGCGCAACAUGAUGAUCUUCAACUGGCUGCACACGCUCGACGAUGCCGCGCCCUUCUAGGUAGCACAGGCGUUGUAUAUCCAUGGUGUUUGAGUACGGAGGCAUUGAUUGAAGGUAGGUUUUCAAAAAAACAAGGUCAUCUUUGGGUAAUUUCUGGAUUUUUGAGGUCAUCUUAAGGUAAUUAAUGGGUUUUCGGGGUCAUCUUAAGGUAAUUACUGGCUUUUCGGGGUCAUCUUAAGGUAAUUUCUGGAUUUUCGAGGUCAUCUUUGGGUAAAUGAUGGGUUUUCGUGGUCAUCUUUGGGUAAAUGAUGGGUUUUCGGGGUCAUCUUAAGGUGAAUGCUGGGUUUUUGAGGUCAUCUUAAGGUGAAUGAUGUGUUUUCGGGGUCAUCUUAAGGUAAUAACUGGCUUUUCGGGGUCAUCUAGGUGAAUGUUUCGACUGGAAGAGAGAAAUUAAAAUAUUGUAAUGUAUUUUUUGGAUGUUUGAUUUAAUAAUUUCUUAUGUUGUCUUUAACAUCAAAAAAUACUUUAUUACCCCCAAAGAAAAACUUAUAUAAAAUAACAGGCAACAAAAAACUUUUUCUAUUGGAUUUCUCGCUCAUAGUCAAAUGUCUAGAAAUUAUAGAACGCUACCUUCAGUCAAUUCCUCCUAUAUAUAGGAAAAGUAAUUUGAGUUAUAUAAUACAAUGUGUAACUAAAAUAAUAUUUGAACUGUACCUAUAUUUAACUAAAAUUAUUUUUAGUCUCUUUUGGUAUUAUUUUGUUUACUGUUUUCAUAAAAUAACUAAGUCACUCCUAAUUUAAGAGUGACAUAUUUAUUAUUUAAAUAAUUUAUAUAAAUAAGAUUUUAGUUACACAUUGUAUAUAAAAUUAAAGAAUAUAGUGUAAUGUGGAAUUAUAUUGAAUAGCUCUAUGCUAGUCAGAUGUUGAUAGUUGGCGGUAUGUUCACCAAUAUACAGUAUAUAAUUAAUAUAUACUGUUAUAUAUAUAUGUAUGUAUAUAUUUGUUACUGAAGGUUACGGAUGGCAAGUACUUUUAAUAUUGAAGAUAAAGUAUAUAAUAAUAAAAGUAUAUAGUGGCCUAGUGGGUAAAGAACCAAUCUCUCAAGUAU